AAUUACUGAAAAGUUACUAAAAGUUACUGAAGAUUUACUAAUAGUUACUGAAGAGUUACUAAGAGUUACAGAAGAGUUUCUAAAAUUACUCGAAGAGUUACUAAGAGUUAACGAAAAGUUACUAAGAGUUAUCGAAGAGUUACCUGAAAUGUUACUAAAAGUUACUCGAAGAGUUUCGAAGAGUGACUAA